AUUAGUGAUUAAAUAAAGUUAGAAAAUGGUCACCAUUUAAUAACAUAUCAAAUCAUUAUUAUUUAAAAAAUAAUAAUAAAUAAGUUAUUUUAUUAUUAAAUUAAAGCAUUAAAUUAGUAGACUUAUUGUUAUCAAUAAAAUGAUAGUUUUAGUAAUAUUAUUGUCGAUACUGUUAACCGGUUUAAUGGCCAGUAAUUCAACCAAACAGUUGAAUAAUUUAACCGAAAAUUUGGUGAUUCAGUCAAACAAUGAAUUUUCAUUCAGAAUAUACAAUAUGUUAGCCAAAGAUGACGACAAUGACAUUAUCUCUUCGUUUUCAAUAAUAUCGGCAUUAAGUAUACUAAUGAACGGCGCAAACGGCAAAACACUCGACAAUUUGAAGAUAUUUCUUGGAUAUCAAAACAAUGAGACAAAUGAAUCAAUUAGUGAUCAAACUAUUAAUAAUGGAUUUCAAACUAUUAAUAGAUUGUAUGAAAAUAAAAGCAUUGAUUAUAAAAAAUAUUUGAAUGAAACACAAGAAGAAAGAGAUAGAGAAGUGAAACAUCAGUUAGAUAUUGCAAAUCUUGUCGUACGAAAUGAUAGUAAAGUACUUAAACAAGAGUUUGUCGAUGCAAUACAACUGGCCUUUAGAGCACAGGUAGAUAGGGCUGACUUCAAACAUAAUUCAGUUGAAGAAACUGACAAAAUUAAUCAAUGGAUCCGCAAACAGACAAAUAAUAAAAUAGAAAAAAUAUUUGACAAAAUCAAUGAACAGACAUCUCUUAUAAUAUUAAAUGUCGUAUAUUUUAAAGGUAAUUGGGAUAAAGAUUUUGAUAGACAUAAUACACAAAAAUCUACAUUUUAUAAUAAUGGCGCCGAUUGUAGUAAAGUGACGGUAGACUUAAUGUCGGCUACAAAUUAUUACCGUUACCUGAGCUUCAAUGACCUAAACGCACGGCUCAUUCAAUUGCCGUAUAAGGGAAACGAAAUAUCAUUUGUUAUUGUAUUACCAAAUGAUAGAAACGGUUUGUCGUCAUUGAAGUCUAAAAUAAAUGCCACAAACUUUGAUAAAGCAUUUAAAUCAAUGAUUAACACAAAUAUAGAGUUAUUAUUACCGAAAUUUAUAUCAAAAAAAGAGUACGAUUUGACUACUGAUUUAAAUCCAAAACCAAUUGCAUUGACUACUGGAGCCGAUUUAUCACGACUGUCCCAAUUAGGUGGUGGCGAUCAAACCUUUACCCAAAUCAGACACCAAACUUAUAUAUCGGUUGACGAAGAGGGGACCGAAGCACUGGCCGUUUCAAGUUUUUCAUUGGAAUAUCAAAACGCUCCGCCAGACGAUCCACCCAUUGAAUUCCGUGUCGACCACCCGUUCCUCUACUAUAUUAUGGAUACAACUAAUGGCUUGAUUUUGUUUUCCGGACAAAUCAAUAAACUUUAAAUUAUUUGUUGUUGUUUUUUUAAAUUUUAUUAAUUAGUAUUUCUUUUUUUUAAAAAAAAACU